AUGGUACGGAGUGGAUGUGGUGGCAGUGACGGUGUUGGCAGUGAAGGCAGUGGUGGAAGUGGUGGUGGCUGGUGGAUGAGUGGUACCGGGAUAUUCGGUGGUGGACGCCUUUUGGGAAAUUAUCGAAAGCCAAAUCGAGUGCAGUCCGCCACCGUCGGAAAAUUCGGUUACACGACCGCGGUAAGUUGUCGCGGUUGUCUGCAGCUAUGUCGACGAGGGUUGGUCGAGAGGGGUGGAAGCUCAGGCAGAGUGCGGGUAUGUGAAGUAUGGGAAUAUAAGGGAUUUCAGCCUCCUCUAUACUCUGUAAUAUACUCUGCAUAUAACCAAGUACUUUCAUAG